AUGUCGUUUACCUCCGCAGCUGUACUGAAGUGGCGGAUGUCUCCGCGCAAAUUCAGCUCCCAGGGUGCGGACGGCAUUCGCUCGAAGGCGUUGAAAGUUCCUGCCAUGCGUUUGACAGGAUUACUAGCAAUUUUCUUUCAACGAUUUCUGCACGAGAUGCACGUCCCCACAAUGUGGAAGCACGGAAUCAUCACGCCCAUCUACAAAAGUGGCAGUCGUGCUGAACCAGCAAAUUAUCGCCCGAUAACACUACUUCCUGUGAUGUCCAAGAUUAUGGAGUCCACUUCAGCUGAAGCUUUGAUGGGGUACCUCGAGAACAACAAAAUUCUCGUUCCGGAACAGCGCGGAUUUCGCAGAAAUGGCUCAUGUACGACUAAUCUCUUGAUUGCUCGUGCAAACUGGACGGAAUCUGUGAACGGUGGUGUAGGAGUCGACGCGGCCUAA